AUGUGCGGGUCGGAUAAUCUCAAGCUCUCGUGGACUAAUACUCCUGCACCUCGAACAUUGCGCUGUGUUUCUCUUUGCCCUAAUUAUGGUCCACGUCUGGUGCUUUCUGUUCUAGAAGCCAUGCGUGAGGCAAGCGCCGCCGCCUCAUGGGAAACGCAUGCCUGUGUCAGGAUCCAGUCCGCCAUCAGAAUGUGGUUGCAGCGCACUGUCUACCUGAUGGUUCGUAGCAGCAUCAUUCAUAUUCAACGCUUUUAUCGUGGUUACAGGGCAAGGAAGCGGCUUGCUGUGCAAUUAGUAGAAGCUGAGAAAGCUUAUUGUCAAGCUAUUUUUGAUUACUACUCAACUCGAAUUCAAGCAUGUUUUAGAGGGUAUUACUGUCGUCAGCACAUUAGCAACUAUUAUGCUAUGAAGCGAUACGUGAUAAAGGUGGUUCAAGAGUCAGAUCGAGUACAGUGUAUGGCUGAGUCAGUGCAGGUGGAGUUAAAGGCGCAGUAUCGUAUUGAGGCAGACGAAGCUGAUGCCGCAGCAUAUCGGUGUGCUACUGAGCGGGCGCAUCACUUGCUUUCUACAACAACCAUACCUGGAGUAUACGGUACUGUUCGUUGUGCGUCUGGAAGCCCUAAAUCGACCAUGGAAAACGGCACGUUAACUGCAAUAUGGAAUACCAGUGUUGAAGAUGACAUCAAAGCCAACAAUUCUCGUUUGAUUCGCAGCGUAGUUCAGCAGCGCCAACAGAAACCCUCAAAUAUUAGUGGUGCUCUUUCUCUUUCAAAAACAAAGUGUGCAUCUAAUGGUAUACCCAGAUUCAUUCACAACAAAGAUCAAGAAAGGGAUAACAAAAGUAGAAAAGGGCUUAAAUUUCCUGCGCUUACGGGGCCUUGUGUAUGCCCGACAAAUUCGGAGGCACACGCCACUACCGUCAAAAGUGAUGCCAACGAGGAACGGGCUGCUCGUGCACAUUAUUACCGACAAUGCUUCAAGCCAAGCACCCGUGCUCAGGUGAUGUCAUGUUCGUAUGAGAGGGAGGACACCCACCCCCCCGAUCGACCUCUGAUGCCUCCACAAAACCUCCCCUCGUCCCAGCUUGCGUCGUCUCUUGCGAAGUCAGUUUUUCGUAACGCUGAGAAUGGUCAGUCUCUCUUAAAGAAGGGCGACGCGGCCCGCACCCACCUUACCAAAUACUCCGACUCUUUCGAUGAUGAGACUGAAAACAAAUUGUAUUUACUGACGGCACGUUCUCCGCUAGCGCCCCAAAACGCUGUUUCAAGCCAUAAUCGAAAAUUUCGUGUACCAGCCCAUAGUUGCUUUCGUGAUAUUGAUAAGCAGACUGACAAUAGCAGGGAUGUUGGAGUUGGGGGUACCGAUUUGUACAUACCAAAUAAACCAAUCUAUGAUACAGAGAAAGAAACGCUGCGCCGCAUUGUGGACAUGAAGGUCAUCCACCGCUUACACAGAGGCGUGCCUUUCAAGGUUUCGACAGUAGUAUCGAACGAGACAAAGACUUCGGCAUUGUGGAAGAGUCAUACUUGUUGA